AAAGUUUUUAUAUUUUAUCCACUUAAAAAUGUGACACAAAAUCUCUUCCCCAAAAAACAACAAAGAAGAAAGUAAACACUUAUUGCGAAAAUGGCUUCUUCUUCUUCAUCCCUCCUCCUUCCAUCAGGUCCUACAUUUAGUAAAAGAUCAACUUUUACCCCUUCUCGGGGCAUUGGCAGAUUGAGAAUCCAGAGUCCGACUGUGCGGUGCCUGAGUGAAGAGUUCCGGGCUGAAUCUGCCAGUCCAAGAGAGUAUGAAGAUCAAACCACUCUAAUGAAGCGUCGAGAUAUUAUUGGUCUGGCGUUGAGUAUAUCUUCGCUUGUUAUGUCCUCAUCUGAUACAAAGGGAGCUGGCUUGCCUCCAGAAGAAAAGCCAAGACUAUGUGACGCUGCUUGUGAAAAGGAGCUUGAAAAUGCACCUAUGGUAACUACAGAGUCGGGCUUGCAGUACAAGGACAUAAAAGUUGGUCGUGGUCCUACUCCACCCACUGGAUUUCAGGUUGCUGCCAACUAUGUUGCCAUGGUACCAUCUGGACAAAUAUUUGAUAGUUCCCUGGAGAAAGGCCUACCGUAUAUUUUCCGCGUUGGUUCUGGUCAGGUGAUCAAGGGACUUGAUGAAGGAUUAUUGACCAUGCAAACUGGUGGAAAACGCCGGCUCUACAUUCCUGGACCUUUGGCGUUUCCUAAGGGUCUAGUUUCAGCACCAGGAAGGCCAAGAGUAGCUGCAAAUAGUCCUGUGGUUUUCGACGUUAGUUUGGAAUACAUUCCAGGUCUAGAAGCAGAUGAAGAGUGAAAAGAAACUCCUCAACCUUCUGCUUCCGGAUUCUAUUCUUGAUUCCAGCACAGACAGACAAGCCUUGCGACGUAAAAAUCCUCAUUUAUCCUCCUAUUCUUCUUGUGUAAUACAUUUUUCACUCCAUUUAUUUUGUAAAACCUCAUCUCCCAAACUUAACGGUGUUUCAUCCUCCAUCAAAACCGAAUGAAAAACUAUUGUUUUUGUAAGACCAGAACUCUAUAAAUAUUUACUAGAUACCGAAGCUUGGCAUUGAUUCCA